UUCCUACAUCCAAGAGUUGAAUUCUUUAACAACUUCUCGCUUCCCUUGCUUCGUCCUUGCCCAUAAUCCCACCUCCACCUCGCCGCCUUUCGUGUCUCUAUACAUCUGCGGUUCUCCUCUUCCUCUCUCCCUUCCCCUCCCUCUCCUUCUUUCCUUUUUCUUUUGAAGAGAUAAAAAGCCUCGUCUUUGGCUCACGUGGGAUCUUUGGGGCAAAAGGGACCGAGGGAUCGCUUUCAUUGCUUCUUCUCUGGGUUUCUCUUCUCCUUUUCUUGCUUUUUUUUCUGGCUGGUUUCGUGGAUGGUGGCGAUGGGGGAAAGCACGGAGAGCUGCGGCAGUCGGGCGGCCGACGCGUCCCCGGCGGCGCAGCCGCGACAGCAGCAGCAGCGGCACAAGCUGGAGGUCUACAACGAGGUGCUCCGCCGCCUCAGGGAGGCCGGGCUGCCGGAGGCGCUGUCGCCAUCCUUUGAGGACGAUCUGUGGGCCCACUUCAAUCGCCUCCCCGCACGCUAUGCGAUGGAUGUGAAUGUGGAGAGGGCAGAAGAUGUUCUCACGCAUAAGAAAUUGUUGGAGCUGGCACAUGAUCCUGCCAAUAGGCCCGCCUUUGAGGUCCGAUUAGUUCAGGUGUCUCCAGUCCUUGAUGGUAAGCAAGCUGAUUCUUUUGAUUCCAACAAACCAGGGGAGGAAGAUGCUCAACCUACUUCAAAUUACUUAAGUAGGCAAAGCAGCCACCCCCCUCCAGCCUUCGGCUCAUCACCGAAUCUAGAGGCACUUGCCCUUGAAGCCAGCAAGCAAUAUGUUCAAGAUGCAGAUAGUGCUACAAACACCUUUGCAUGCUUUACCAGGCCCAUGCAUGAAGUUACCUUUUCAACUGAUGACAAGCCAAAGCUUCUCAGUCAGUUGACUGCAUUGCUUGCUGAGGUUGGCCUUAACAUCCAAGAAGCACAUGCAUUUUCAACAAAUGAUGGCUACUCGUUAGAUGUCUUUGUUGUUGAUGGCUGGCAUUAUGAGGAAAUAGAGCAGCUUAGGGAUGCAUUGCAGAAGGAAAUUCAUAAGAUUGAGAAGCAAGCAUGGUCAAAGACUCAGUCAUGGUCUCCUAUACUGGAAAAUGCACAAACUUUGGAGGUGUCUCUACCUGACCAUGUCCAAAUACCUACGGAUGGGACUGAUGUAUGGGAAAUUGAUUUCAGGCUGCUGAAGUUUGGAAAUAAAGUGGCAUCUGGAUCAUAUGGUGAUCUUUACCGGGGAACAUACUGUAGUCAGGAUGUUGCUAUUAAAGUACUUAAGCCUGAGCGCACAAAUGCAGAUAUGCUGAGAGAAUUUGCACAGGAAGUCUAUAUAAUGAGAAAAGUUCGCCACAAGAAUGUCGUGCAGUUUAUUGGUGCAUGUACCAGACCUCCUAGCGUAUGUAUUGUUACAGAGUUUAUGUCAGGUGGAAGUGUGUAUGACUUUCUUCAUAAACAGAAAGGUGUUUUUAAGCUUCCGGCAUUGCUCAGAGUAGCAAUUGAUAUAUCCAAGGGAAUGAACUACUUGCAUCAAAAUAAUAUUAUCCACAGGGACCUAAAGGCUGCCAAUCUUCUGAUGGAUGAAAAUGAGGUUGUCAAGGUUGCAGAUUUUGGCGUUGCUCGUGUUAAAUCUCAAUCUGGAGUUAUGACUGCUGAAACAGGAACAUAUCGUUGGAUGGCACCUGAGGUCAUAGAACAUAAGCCCUAUGAUCACAAGGCUGAUGUUUUUAGCUUCGGAAUUGUGCUUUGGGAGCUGCUCACAGGAAAGAUUCCAUAUGAAUACCUAACACCACUGCAAGCAGCAGUUGGCGUGGUUCAAAAGGGCCUGAGGCCUACAAUACCAAAACAUACUCAUCCCAAGGUUGCUGAACUGCUCGAGAAAUGCUGGCAGCAAGACCCGGCUCAAAGGCCAGACUUUUCAGAAAUACUGGAGAUACUCCAGCUAAUGGCCAAGGAGGUCGGUAAUGAACCUGAGGAUCGUCGUAAGGAAAAGUCAUCAGGUGGGUUUCUCUCAGUUCUCAGGCGGGGCCACUGAAGCAGGAGAGCUGUCCAUGAAUCACUGCGUGGUCUCAUCAUGGGCAGUUUAUGGUCCUUGGCAGGAUGGUUCCUUACCUGUACAGUGUUUGAUUGGAUAACCUGGUUCUUUGUUCCUAAUUUGCGUGUUCUAAUUCUUUUGCCAUCUAAUUGCUGUCAUGUCUAUCUUUCAACAAAUGGAAAUAUAAUGUCGGGUGGGAAAGAGAUCAUGUAUCCAAGUGCAGGAGUCUGUGAUCCCGUUUUUUGACCCCUAACCAUGAAGUUAAUUGGGGUUGUUGCUGUGCUUCUGUAACCCUUUUCGGCCUGUCAUCUCUAUGAGUGGAUCUGAACCUUUUUGUUCAUUUUUAUGGAUUGAAUUAUUUUACAAAGUUUUGAGAUUUAUCACAA